UCGAGAGUCGAAUCUCAGAAGUAAAGACGGGAUCAAGAGUCCAGCCCUAAAUGGGUCGGGUCCAAAUCGUGGUCGUGAGUUUUAUUAAAUAAAAUUUUUCUUUUCGAGGAAUUGUUAAUGGCAUCUUCUUCUCAGUCCGUCUUCAAUGUGUUCGUCUAUGGCAGCUUAUUAGCUGACGACAUUGUUCGUGCUCUUCUCAAACGCGUCCCUCCUUCUAAUCCUGCGAUCCUUCACAACUAUCAUAGGUUCAGCAUCAAAGGGCGUGUGUAUCCUGCCAUUCUACCAGUUGAGAACAAAAGAGUUAAUGGGAAGGUUCUUUUGGAUAUCAAUGUCCCUGAAUUGAAUAUCCUGGAUGCAUUUGAGGACGUUGAGUAUGAAAGGACGACUGUUGAUGUUUCCCUGAUGGACAGUUCCAAGACAUUGCAGGUUGAAACAUAUGUUUGGGUUAACAAGAGGGAUCCAGAUUUACAUGGGGAAUGGGACUUUGAGGAAUGGAAAGUGUUGCACAAGGGGGACUUCUUGACAAUGACAAUGGAAUUCAGUGAAGAAAUGGAGCUACCUGAAUCAAAAACCAGAGUGGCAACUUAUGAAUCCUUCUAUGCACAGGAAGAGAACAAGUCCAAACCUUGAUGCAGCUAUAGUUAUAGCAGAGACAAAAACAGUAGGUGAUUUUUUCUCAUAUGUUCUAGUCUUGAUGGACAGUGUUACUUGGUAGUGUUAUAGUCUUUAUGUCUUGGAUGAACCGAAAACAUCUGAUUAUGGGUAAAAAGAUACUAUCCAUUCUAUCACAUCUCCGAGUGGUACUUGUGCUCUAACGAAAGCAACUUCAUAUGUAAUUUAAGAAUGGAUUGAUUUUAUAUGCGAUUUUCUUUCUUACAUAAAUUUAUUUAUAACAAGGGAAAAUGUGUAUCCAAA